CCAACUCCACGUUUGCCAAAUCAGUUAUUGACCUUAUCAAAAUUGAUAAGUAGUACUUAAGAUAGUAGUAGUAUUUAAGAUAGUAUCUUAAAUCGUGGUACGAAAGCAUCCGCGGGAGCCUGCUAGUUAGUAUCUUCAGCCUUCACACUUUCACAGACAUUUUGUAUGAGGCAUUAGCCAUCGCUCGAAAUGUCGAUGUCGAACUAAUAUAACUAURGUAGUUACUAGUAAGUACUAACCGAUUUAACCAAUGUUUUUUUGCUCAUAAUACUCAAAAUAAUUUAAUUAACGAAUAACCUACCCAAGAUAAUUACUUUGAAAAAGUGUAAAAAUGUCGAAAUCAGUAGACGUUUUUGAUGAUUGGUUUUUUGACUCUUUUAAAAGGUAUCAUAAGCUGCAAAUGUUUAGUGUGGAUAAACCAGUAUUUUCAAUGGAAUUGAGUUGUGAUUCUUCGGUGUGUUUAGCRUGUGAAAAACCAGGAGAAAAUUGUUUUGAAGUUUUGAAUUUGGAACUUCCAAGCAAGCUGUUCCAAAUUGAAAAUGAACACGAUUCAAUAAACACGAGUAGAGAUUUGAAAAUCAAAUGUGGCACUUUAACUGAUAAUCAAUUAAUAGAUAUGAAAACCCUAUUUGGAAAAUCUAAAACAAUUUUGUCUGAAGAAGGAGUUGGUAAAGUUUCAAUAUAUGAAAUGGAUCCCCAUAAAUCAGAUCAAAUGAUUCCUUUGGUGAAUAUUGAUAGCAAAGUGGAAAAUGCACAUUUAGCUGUUGAUUGUACAACUGAUACCCUAAUAAUUUGGGGAAAAGAAAAUGCUUGUCAAACAGGUUGUGUAUUUGACAUUGAAAAAAGUACAAAAACGCUCAUGAUCAAAGAUGUGACCAACGACCCUGCAUGUACUUAUACACCACAUUUCAUUUCAAAAAAUGAAUUGGUUGUUCAAAAUUCGGAAAAUGGAUCAUUUGAUCUGUAUGAUUUAACUAGUGGUCAGCAUGUGAGAAAUAUUAAUUUGCCUGGUAAGUAUUUUAAUAUAGGAUUCCAAAUACGAUUGUUGGUAAUUUAA